UAUUAUAUGGGUCUUUAGUGUGCUAAACCAAAAGAGAAAAAAGCAAUCAAAGUACUUGAGAUCAAACAAAACUAAAGCGGUCCUUCAACACUCAGCACCACAAAGGAGGCUAUAGAUUUUGUGGAAAGUCAAUCUUUAGCUAAUUUGAUGAGAACAAAACCAGUCAAAGAAUAUUUAACAGAGUAAAUAGCGAAAAAUGAAAUCUACGUCGAUUCUUGUGAUAUACUGGCAGAAAGAAUUGAAGGCAAAUCUUAAUUAAUACUCAGAUCUUACAAUAACUAUACUGAGAAGGCUUUAAAAAUUAAAUCCAAAGUUUUAGAAUAUUACCGAAAUGAGUAUGUAAACUAUAUUAAUUCUAAAAAUGAUACUCCUAAAAAUAGAGAGUUUAUCAUAAAAGAAACCAUUUAAGUAAUCUUUAUAAUAAUCUCUAAUAUAGUUACUUGUAGAAACUACAAUUAUUCUCAAUUGCUUGAUGGAUAAAAAUUUUGAUGAUGAGUUAGAAUUGUGGUGGGGAGGUGACUACUUUGGUGAUCGAAUCAAAUAGCUAUCUCUAAUUGCAGAUACUUCAGAAAAUACUGAUUCUAUCACUACUCCCAUCUUACAAUAUUUAGAUGCUUUAAAAGCCAGAAUACUCUAGGUGAUUCCCAUUUUACCAAGUUAAACUAAGUCUAUUGCUAACAGUGUAGCUAUUACCAACGUUCACUUGACUUAGUUUUAUAAAGAUUUGAAAUUUGAGUUUGCAAAAGAUGUAGAGGAAGAAGUUAAUUGAUGAAUAUUUGUUUUAUUUUCUACCUUUUAUGCAUUGUGAAUCAAUGCC